ACAACACAACGGAGAAAUAUCACAGGGUGCAUGGAAGACACAACACAACCGGCCAUGGGUUAUGCAGAUGAUUGUCCAUGGCUUUCCCUCGAAACUUGCCGCACUACAAUUCGAGUGGGCAUGGCAGCAUCCGCACAUCUCACGUCAUCUACGCGAUGAAGGUGGAAAGAACACGCUGAGUGGCGGGAGAUAUCUCAAAGCGAACGUGGCUAUUGCACGGACAAUGGUCGCUUCCCACCCUUACACAAGCUGGCCUCUACGCGUCACCCUCUUCACUGAAGACGCUGUCAAGGCCUGGAAAGACGCCACCAACAAGCUCGACCGAGACGGAUUACCUCUCCCUCCUGGGUUCACGCAUACAGUCGAGCUGGAAGGUGUCAACGGGCGGUCGGGCCACCCGGGAUCCGGUAGAACUGAAGCUAUCGAUGUUGCGGACGCGAACUUCACCAAAAUGUGCCUGGACAAGCAUAACAUGUUGCUCUCCUCG